UUGUGUGAGUAAUUACACCAGUGAUAUUUUUUUAAUGAUUUCAGUAAAGCUGUUUCAUUAAAAAUAAUUAUCGACAAAUUGAGAGAGCUGCGCUUUGUUCACGUUUCGGCUGCAUCAUCACCGAAAACCUGCGUGCUAUGAUUGCGACGCGGGCAUUUGCUGUUAGCCAAAGCUAGGAUAAUUCGCAUGCAGCACAGCAGCUGCUUUGAAGUUUAUGCGUGGGGACCGAACUGACGUUAAGACACCAUUUACACACAAACGACAAAAUCUGGACUACAGGAGGCAAAUUUGCUAAGAACAGCUGGGCGACAGGCACCCAUCUGCUCUCGGAGCGACGUUAAUCUUGCUUCCAGGCGAUGGAUGAUCGUCGGGAUAGAGAACCAGCAGGGCUGGACGGACUGCCGGAGCUGUACAGCAUCUUUCGCGGGGAGGUGGCUUCUGUCACUGCAUACGGAGCUUUUGUGAAGAUCUCUGGAUACAGAAAACAAGGGCUGGUUCAUAAGAGUGAGAUGUCGGCUUGUCGGGUUGAUAACCCUGCUGAGAUUGUAGAUGUGGGUGAGCAAGUGUGGGUGAAAGUAAUCGGCAGAGAGAUUCAGGAUGACAAAGUGAAACUUUCAUUCUCCAUGAAAGCUGUCAAUCAAGGCACGGGACAAGAUCUCGACCCCAACAAUGUGAUGGCUGAGCAGGACGAGCGCAGACGUCGAAGAUUUAAAGAUUACACUGGUCAGAAGAUAACUCUGGAAGCCGUACUCAACACAACCUGCAAGAAGUGUGGCUGCACAGGUCACUUUGCAAAGGACUGCUUCUCCCAGGGCGGACUUCAGUACAGUUUAGUGCCAGAAGAAGAAGAGGCGGAGCCAGCUGGCCAGACCAACCAAUCAGCUCCUGCCAAAAGGAAGAAGGAGAAGAAAGCAAAGAAGGAGAAGAAGAGGAAGAAGGAGAAGAAGAGAGAGGAGUCCUCCUCCGAGAGCAGUGAGGAUGAAGCCAAAAGAGCGCGUCGCUCAAGCCCAGAGAAAAAGAAGAAACACAAGAAACACAAACAUAAAUCACACAAGUGAACAGAAGAUCUUACACUUUAAGGCAUGUAGUGUAGGGAAGUGUGUGUGUGUGUGUGUUGGUAUAAAUAAAUGUAUAGGGUU